AUGGCAUCAGAAGACUUGGCACCAGCAUUGGCCCGCCAAACGCCAGCGUGGGCAACCGAACUGCUGCAGUUGGCUAAGACCUCCUUCGUCAAGAACGAUCCCAAAAAUUGGGAGGAAUGCAAGGUAGACGGUGACUUCACGAAAGAGGUCCCCCUGUGGGUCCUCGACUUUGAGGCCAUGCCGAUUCCGAACGUCUUUCCUUUGUUGACGGCGGUGAAGCACGCUAAGGACCAAUGGUUCGGAGACAGAUCGGAUCAAAGCUUCUCCUUCCCUCCGCCGGGGAUGGUCCUGGAGGUCGCCAAAUACAGAAAGCAGCUGACAGAUUCGGAUUGCGGGAAACUUCAACGUGCAAAUCUGGACAUUGUAUUUUUCGCGUGGUUGCUGAAGUUCAAGGAGGUGUCGGAAGCAAAAGAAAGCAAGUACGUGGCCAUGUUCAGGAAGGCUGCGCUGCGCGUCCUGAUGACCGUGCGGUAUGUCGAGAAUGAGGCUACGAAACUUGCGCGUGCAUAUCAGCUACGCGAGGAUGAGGAAAAGAAUGCCACCAUUGCCGGAGUGUUCAGUCUAAAGAAGUUGCCGUGUUACAGUCAUUAUGUUUGCUGUGCAGUCUUCGAGAAUCUAAGCAUUCGCGAGGAGCAUCUGCUGAAGAAUGCUUCAAGCGGAGCUGCCACAAACCUGGUGGACUACAUGGCCCAGCACAAGAUUGUGUAUGGCACUUCCGAUUCGACGCUUUCGGUUGGCACCAUCCGGCUUCAUCUCCGAGUGCUCCGUCGCCUUUCCCUGGCAAUGGUGGACAGCGGCACACCGGCCUACGAAGGCAGUGCCUUGUAUUGGUUUGACAGGAACGAGGAACUUUGGGGAAGGAAGGGCAUCCAAGUGACUUUGCAAGAAAAUGCAAGAAAUUUCGAUGCUUUUCAAGCAGCUCUCCCCAACUUGGAUGACCUGCGAGAUGCAUCCAUGAAUUUGCACAUCUUGCUUCUUCGUGGCAACAACAUCAAGCUGAGCGGCAGGGGCAUUGGAGAUCUGGCCCGAGCUCUGGUACUCUAUUCCAGGGUUCCAGCAGCCCUCCUGCCACGCUUCGAGAAGUAUGCUGAGUUGCUCAAGCCCUUCGCCUCCCUUCGCGAGUUCCAUCGGGAAUUUCCGGAGAACGGCUCGCCAGCUGUGAGGGACAUCACCUACCCGAUGUUUGCCCAGGAAUCAGCGGACAAACUGACCACUCAAGUCCUUAUUCCUCUCUUCAACUACAAAAAGCACGGCGCCUUGAUGGGAGGUGGCUCUGCCCUCGGCGUGGUGUUUGUAAAACAGUUGCUGCCGGAACUCGAAGCAAUGUACGCGCAAGAGCAAGCUCGGCAGUCGAUGGCGCAGGGCAUCUCCUCUGUGUCCGCGGUUCCCCCGGCAGAUUCCCAGUCGGAGGAGCCGGUGUCUGAAGAAGAGGCUGCUGCCUUAAAAAAGGCUUUCGACGAGAAGCAGAUGGAACUCCUGAAUUCCAUGGCACAGGAGUUCCUGAACAGCAACGUCCUGCUGUUGAGCUGGACCAAUCCUUCGCUCAUGGAUGCUUUGUGUGGGCAUCCCCUCACAAAAGAUGGAGCCUCCAAGCUGUUCUGCUGGCAGGCAGGUCUGGACGCGACCACGGGCCCCACUGGCCGCACCUCGAUCUUUCGAAUGAAGGCGGCCGCGGACGAGACCCGCAUGGAUUCUUCGAUAGACAUGAUGGCGAAGCUCAUGCGGGAUUUGGACAGUGGGCUCUUCUUCAGUGGGCGGAACACCCUGAUCGCCAAGGACCUGAAAAAGAAGCUUCAGGCCUUGAAACCCAAGGUUGGGCUGAAGGAGAUGCAGAUCAGUCCGGACGAAGAGGUCCUGUUGCGGCUACUCCAUGGGGAGGGACGGAAUCAAUACGCUUCCCUGGAUCCGGUUCUUCGAUUGCAAGGAAAGGCAGAGAUCUACUUCCAUAUCGUCAAGACUUCCAAAUGCUGGAAAGAUCGACGCCCGGCCGCCAGGCGAUUUGUGGCUGGAAAUACCGCUUUCCGGACCAUGCAGAAUGCCCCCAUUUUAGAGACCGCCGCUAUGCACAAGGUGUCGUCCAAGGAACGGGAUGCGGUGUUCAGGAACGUCAUCGGCUCAGAUCGCUGGAGCCCUGGAGUUGGGAGAAAGAGUGCUGGCGGAGGGGCAGCCUCGGCGACUACGGCCGAUCGCGAGAGCGAGUCGGAGGAGGGCGGCGAGGAGAACCCGCUUGCAGGCUGCACCGAUGCUGAGGGCAACGUGGUGCUAUUCCAUAUGGAACUUCACCCCAAAGUCCUCGCGCAGCUGCUCUGGGAAAAUCAAGCACGCGUCUUGAUUGACUUUUCCCCUGGAAGUGCGAUGAUGGCGCGUACGGCGCUCUCCAUGGGCGUGAAGGUUAUCCUCAUCGGCCUCAACGAUGCCCACGUGGGUGUUCUGCGGAAGAUGUUGAUCCAGUUCAUCAGAGCCAACAUUGAUGCUGACAUGGCCGGAUUUGCCCCCAGCGACAAAAUGGAAAAGCUGCAGCAGCUGAAGCCGGCCAGACUCAAGCUGCACGAGAGUCGCAGAGGCAUCGCCGAGAUGAGCCCGCCUUUGCCCGGCGCUGGCAAAGCAACAUUCGAAAAGACCAUGUCUGCUGCGAUCGAUGCCCUCCAGACGGGUGCCAACUUGCCGCCGGCGAAGCGGCAGCGGACCGAGCCGAAGCCAGCACCACCGAAGCCUUCGACACCUGCGGUGCCGAAGCCCAAGCCGCCGGCUGAUCCGAAGGCGAAGGCGCCUGCUGCAAAAGUGCAGCCUGCACCUACACCAGCAACUGGUUCCAAGCGAAUCUGUUGCUGA